AUGUCGUCGUCACCAUCUGCGUCGGCGACGCCGGCAUCGCCGCUAGCACGCGACCAAGCGAUUGCUGUCGCCUCGCAUCCGCAGCACAAUCCCUCCGUCCCUACCGCACCUCCAACGCACACGCCCUCGUACAUCCUCGCGGCAACCUUCGCAUCCGCAGGGCUCGGUAACGCCAUUUCUGCGUCAUUAACGAACCCAGCCGACAUCAUCAAGGUUCGUCAGCAGCUGCUGGUGGAUAAAUCGCGCGCCAACUUUGUGGGGAUUACACGGGACAUGAUUCAAAAGGAAGGGAUUAGGUCGUUGUGGAACGGUGUCACUGCUUCGUGUUUGAGGGAGCUGACGUAUAGUACGGUGAGGUUCGGGCUGUACGAGACGUUCAAGGAUGCGUAUGCGCGGGCAUUAGGUGUGGCGGAUUCGAGUUUUGCGUUGAAGGCGUUGAGUGGGAUCUCGAGUGGUGCGAUUGGGAGUGCGUUUGCAUGUCCCACGGAUUUGGUCAAAGUUCGAAUGCAAGCCGUCCGACCCACGGGCCAACCACCAUACCGCAACACGUUCGUUGCCUUCGCGCACGUCUACCGCGAAGGCGGCACGGGCGUGUCCGCAGGCAUCCGAAGUCUCUACCGUGGCGUAGGCCCCACCAUCAUCCGCGCCGCCGUACUGACCAGCUCGCAGAUUGCCUCGUACGACCAAGUCAAAACCAUUCUUAAACGUAACAACUUGCUGCACGAAGGUUUCGCACUGCAUUUCUCGGCGAGCAUGGUCGCUGGUUUCGUGUGCUCCGUCACCAGCGCGCCAUUUGACACGGUCAAGGUGCGACUCAUGCAGGACAAGUCGAGGCAGUUCAAGAAUGCGUUUGAUUGCUUGGGCAAGCUUGUGGCCAACGAGGGGCCGUUGGCGCUAUACAAAGGAUUCGGAAUGUGCUGGGCCCGCCUAGGCUCGCACACCGUCAUCUCGUUGAUCCUCUUCGAACGCUUCCGUACACUCUUCGGCGUCAAACCGCUUUAG